GUGAAGAAAUAGCUCUCGACCAAUUCAGGAUGAAAGCGGUCAACAUAUUUUCGUGUGGUUAUUACAAAAAUAACAGAAUCCUCAUGACAAUCAUUGGAAUAUGGCCGGAAUCAUCGAUUAAGAUAAAAAUUUUAUUGCGCUGUACUGUAUUGGUGUUGUUGAUUUCAAUAUUGAUACCUCAGUGGGCAUUUUUAUUGAGAAAGUGCGAGAAUAUGGAUGACAUGAUAUUCGGAAUAAUAGCGCAGAUAACGAUAUCGAUAGGAUUUACUAAAUAUUAUUUUGUCAUGUCGAUCAUGAAACAGCUUGAGGUGGUCAUUGAGAAAAUUUCUGAGGACUGGCGAAUUUUUCAAGACUCACUGGCAAUUGAUACUCUGCACGUUUAUGCAUCGAGGGGAACAUCCGCGACGAAAUUCUACAUGAUUACCAUUUUCUCAUCGUGUAUUUUCUUCUCGAUUGCUCCAUUGAAGCAAGUGAUUUUGGAUGGACUUGCACCUCUUAAUGAAUCGAGGCCAAAGAUUUUUAUGCUGGAUGUGGAUUACUCAAUUUAUGGAAUGGAUGCGGAUGAUCAAUAUUAUCUGAUUCUGAUCCACUCGUGUGUGACUACAAUGAUAGUGAUGGAUAUGUUAGUGUCUGUGGACACAUUUAUUCUGGUACAUAUUGAAGGAAAUGGAGCUGGAGGAAUCUGGGGAAAAGCAAUGCCAGAUAAUUUCCCGUGCGGUGGUAAUUCAUCAUCGAGCUAUUUCGCAAUAAUAAAAAUGGAUGAAUUGUCGGAGGUGACGAGGUUUGGAACAUUUGCUGCUGGUCAGUUGGUCCACUUGCUAUUCAUGACGUUGCCAGGCCAGGAAUUACUGGAUCAUAGUACUCGAGUUUCCGAGCAAACUCCGGGGGGAGUUGUUGCUUCUGUAGUCCGCAAGCCAUCGAGCAGUGAAGAACGAACACUCGAAUAUCUCUUGCAAAUGAAUGGUGAUAAUAUUUUUUCCGAUGGAUAUUACAAGACCAAUAGAAUUGCAAUGAUUAUUAUUGGAAUAUGGCCGGAAUCGUCGCUGUCUGAAAAAAUUAUUGUCCGCAUCGUUAUGUCCAUUAUAUUGCUCUCCAUGUUGAUACCUCAGUACGUGUAUCUAUUCAGAAAGUGCGAUACUCUGGAUGAUAUGAUAUUUGGACUAAUAGCGCAGGUGUCAGUAGCUAUAGGAUUUACAAAAUAUUACUUCAUUGUGUCGAAUAUGAAACAGAUUCAAAUGGCUAUUGACCAGAUGCGACAAGAUUGGCGUAUGUUCGAUGAUUCUCCAGCUGUCGAAAGUAUUCACAUUUAUGCAACGAGAGGGGCAUUCAUUACGAAAUCUUACAUAAGUAUCUUUUGUGCUGUAUAUUUGGUCUUCUCUGUUGCUCCAUUGAAACAAGUUAUUCUGGAUGUACUGAUUCCCCUCAAUGAAUCGAGACCGAAGCUUUUUCUAUUCGAUGUAGACUACACUAUUUAUGGAAUUGAUGCACUUGAGUACUAUUAUCCAACAUUGGUACAUUCGUGGUUCAGCUGUAUGAUAGUGAUACAUAUGAUUGUGACGAUAGACACAUUUGUUCUGAUCAUGGUGGAGCAUUGUUGUGGGCUGUUUGAAACCAUUGGGGAUAUAUUGAAGGAAACGGAACUGGAGAAGUCUGGGGUACGGCAAUUUAAAAUCAUUUGUCGUGCAGUGGUUGUACAUCAUCGGGCUAUUUCAUUGGCGGAAUUUAUCGAGUCAUCCUUCAACAUGAUGUACGCUUUCGUAGUGCUAGCUAGCAUGGUGUUGAUCAGUACAACAGGACUCGAAGCAAUUAUAAAAAUGGAUGAGGUGGCGGAGAUGACCAGGUUUUUAGCAUUUACUGUUGGUCAACUGUUCCACUUGCUAUUCAUAAGUCUGCCAGGCCAGGAAUUACUUGAUCAUAGCACUCGAGUUGCCGAGCAAGUUUACAGCUGCGAUUGGUCUCGGAUAUCCGCGGAUGGCAAAAAAUUGAUAUCCAUCAUGUUGAUGCGCAGCAUGAAGCCACUCCGGAUGACAGCCGGAGGAUUCUAUCUUAUGAAUAUCGAAAAUUACGGCAAUGUAUUGAGAACAUCGUUUUCGUAUUUCAUGGUAAUGUUGUCGACUCGAUGAUGCUCAAGCUUGAGCAUUACCUCAUAUUUUUAGACUUCUGUAUUAUCUGCUCCACUGGAAAGUUGAAGCGAACGUGUCGC